GGAUCAGCUGAGGAUCAGCACUCACAACGGCGGACACUUAAUCAUGCUAUUUAUCAAAUAGACCUUUAUAAAACGGAUAGCAUGUGAAUUUAACAAUACAUGUUCCAGGGAAUAUAAAGCAAGGAAAGGCUGGUGUUCCAGUAAACAUUUUCUCUCAAAACUCUGUGUUUGGAACCUCAAGGAUGGAUUAUCCCAAAAUGGAUUAUUUUCUGGAUGUGGAGUCUGCUCAUAGACUCUUGGAUGUUGAGUCAGCUCAAAGAUUCUUCUACAGUCAAGGAGCUCAAGCUCAGAGACAGACCAAGUUACUGCCUCCUACGCUGCCAGCAGCACAGUCCCCACAGGACAUCCAGAGAAGAAAAAUACGUAAAGUGAACUCAAAGAGCAAGACUCCGUAUCUAGCCUCUAUAAGAGUAUGGUAUAACUUAUUCUAGACUGAGGAAGUGGAGAGGCUGGCGGCGAUGCGUUCUGACUCCCUCGUCCCAGGCACCCACACCCCACCCAUCCGCAGGAGAAGUAAGUUUGCCAACCUGGGAAGGAUUUUCAAGCCUUGGAAAUGGAGGAAGAAGAAAAGCGAAAAGUUCAAACACACGUCAGCAGCCCUGGAAAGGAAAAUAUCUAUGAGGCAAAGCAGAGAAGAGCUGAUAAAGCGAGGAGUCCUGAAGGAAAUCUAUGAUAAAGAUGGAGAACUUUCCAUAUCCAAUGAAGAGGACUCCCUAGAAAAUGGGCAGUCCCUGAGCUCCAGCCAGCUGUCUCUGCCUGCGCUGUCCGAAAUGGAGCCAGUCCCAAUGCCCCGGGAUCCCUGCUCAUAUGAGGUGCUCCAACCGUCAGACAUCAUGGAUGGGCCAGUGUCUGAAGAGAGUCCCUCUGCCAGUGAAUCUGGAGUCCUCCUGUCCCAAGAUCCUUCAGCCAAACCAGUCCUGCUACUGCCCCCCAAAAAACCUGCUGCUUUCCCUGGAGACCAUGAAGAGACCCCAGUGAAGCAGCUGCCCCUUCUCAAGCAGCCCCCGGCCCUGCCUCCCAAACCCACUACCAGGAUUGCCAACCACUUAACAGAUCCUGGCGCCCCUGUGAAAUUGCCUUGUCUGCCAGUGAAACUGUCGCCUCCGCUACCUCCAAAGAAAGUCAUGAUCUGUAUGCCCGUGGGGGGGCCAGACCUCUCACUGGUGUCCUACACAGCCCAGAAGAGCGGCCAGCAGGGCGUGGCCCAGCAUCACCACACUGUCCUGCCCUCCCAGAUCCAGCACCAGCUGCAGUAUGGCAGCCAUGGCCAGCACCUCCCCUCCACCACCGGCUCCCUCCCCAUGCACCCCUCGGGCUGCAGGAUGAUAGACGAGCUCAACAAAACGCUGGCCAUGACCAUGCAGAGGCUGGAAAGCUCUGAGCAGCGGGUCCCCUGUUCCACUUCUUACCACAGCUCUGGGUUGCACUCGGGUGACGGGGUCACCAAAGCAGGACCUAUGGGCCUUCCAGAAAUAAGACAAGUGCCAACUGUUGUGAUUGAAUGUGAUGACAAUAAAGAAAAUGUGCCUCACGAGUCAGACUACGAAGACUCUUCUUGCCUGUACACAAGAGAAGAGGAGGAAGAGGAGGAGGACGAAGACGAUGACAGCUCAUUAUACACCAGCUCCCUGGCCAUGAAGGUCUGCAGGAAGGACUCCUUAGCCAUCAAACUCAGCAACAGGCCCUCCAAGCGAGAGCUGGAAGAAAAGAACAUCCUUCCCAGGCAGACGGAUGAGGAGCGGCUGGAGCUGAGGCAACAGAUUGGCACCAAGCUCACCAGGUUACUAAAUAGCAUGAGAUCUCAUCUGAACUUGAGUUGUGGUUGUUUCCAGAAAUAG